AUGUCUAGUACUAUCGCACCAACCAGUAAACUUGCAUUUGGCAUCCAAACUAUUUUGGGCACUGAAACUGAUAAUAAUAUUUUUGAACCGCGGAAGCAACUUCCUGACGAUAGGUAUCCGAAAGAAAACUUUGCUGAGAGGGCUUCACUUCAGUCCAUCGAUACUUUUCCCAUAAUUGCGGAUCAUUUUCCUUUUCAUGAUACAUCAGCUUUUAAAGUUGCUUGCUAUCUUCCUCAAAUUAAUUACCCAAAAUUUACGCAUCACUCAGAGUCAGUAUCAGAAGCAGAAAUUCAGGAUAAAUUUCCGUUUAAAUAUUCUAAUUUAGUUUCACAGUAUCAACCGCUAAAGCAUGGAUUCCCCUCUACUUCGGUCAUAUCAUCAUGCCAAAUCGGUCAAAAUAAUGUCUUACCAGUAAAAUAUAGAAAACUAAACAAAACCACUAUAAGUCAUUCAUGCCUUCUCCUGAAAAGUUUACCACCGAAUUCUAAAGAAGCUCAUGUAACUAGCGACUGGCUAACUCCCUCACAUGUUAAUUUGGACAAAUCUUCAGUUGAGAAUCCAUCACCUUUUCAAAUAGAUCCAGCAUCUCUUUUGUCCAUAAAUAUCAGUAGUAUGAGGUGUAAUCUGAAUAAACGUAAAGAAACAAUAAAUUAUCGAGAUUGCAAUGUGAAGCCACGACGUACUGGUCAUCCUUAUCAAAGUCGAACUCCAGCAUGCCACAAAAAACCUCGGACAUCCUUCACCAAAGAACAGAUAGCAUCACUUGAAACAAAAUUCUUAGCGCAGAAGUAUUUGGCUAGUUCUGAACGAGUAAACUUAGCAAAUGAAUUGGAAAUGAGUGAUGUGCAGGUGAAAACAUGGUUUCAAAAUAGGCGUACGAAAUGGAGACGACAAGAAGCAGAAGAACAAGAAUACGAAGAUAAGGCCAAUGCUAAGAUGAUGUCAUCUUACUCUAAUUGUUUUUUUGCUAGACCUGAUAUUGUGCUCUGA